AUGAAAAGAUUUCCAUAUUCUCGGGCCUGGAUUCGUUUCGUGCGCCGCCCCCAGGCGCCCAGCAUCCCAAGUCUGUCAUCGGCUUAUGGUUACGAAGAGGCUCUUGAUGGCUGGUUGCAGGCACAAUCAGGUCCAGACCGCGACACCAGCCUCGGACCUGCCUUCUAUAAUCCAGCCGAAGAAUCUAAGGAUCCCAUUGGACCGGGCCGGCGAUAUCGUGGAUGCCAGUGGUCAAAGUGGGUACGUCUCAUUUUUUAA